UCCCCAACGGCGCGUUGACGACGAUCACAGGGCCCAAUGGCACCUGGUUUUCCGUUCGGACGUUGCUCCAGCGACUUCGGCGCGAGUCAGAGCGUUGACAUCGACUGCCGAAGCGUGGACAAGGCACAGACUUACGCCUUGGCAGUGCUUCUGCCCAUCGGGAUGACGCGAGGUGCCCCGGUUUUAGGAGCCUCAUGCAAGCCACUCUGCUCUCCCCACGGGAAGACUUCGGUUCUGCAGCAUGGAGCUGGGGGUGAACCAUCAGGAAAGCUCAAUUGCCGACCCGAUGAGAUGAGAACGGGCCUUUGGGCAGUGUAGGUAUAUAAGGGCUGGCAUGGUCAACAUUUGUAUAGAACAAGGCACUAUCAACUUGUCCAUUCAGCACUAUGGCAGCCCUUCUCUCAGCACUUGCAGUUCUGACUGUUGUCAAUGCUCAGGCAUAUGACUCUGGCUCAAGGUCCGAAGAUGCGUUCUCAUAUGUUCAGCCUCUGAACACAACCAUCUUGGGCGACCGCGGUCACUCACCGGCUGUCUACCCUUCCCCCAACAUCACCGCUGAUGCUACUGGCGGUUGGGAAGAAGCCGUUGUCAAGGCCCGUGCCUUUGUUGACCAGCUCACUCUCGAGGAGAAGGCCGACAUGGUCACCGGUCAGGCCGGACCUUGCGUGGGCAACAUCGUCGCUAUCCCUCGUCUUGGUUUCCAAGGUCUUUGCUUGCAAGAUGGUCCUCUGGCUAUUCGUGUCGCAGAUUAUGCCAGCGUUUUCUCUGCCGGUGUUUCCGCCGCCGCAUCAUGGGAUAGAGCCCUGUUGCACGAGCGUGGUUACGCCAUGGGUCAGGAGUUCAGGGCCAAGGGCGCUCACGUUGCGCUCAGCCCCGUUGCUGGACCCCUGGGUCGCUCUGCCUAUGCUGGCCGCAACUGGGAAGGUUUCGCUGCCGACCCCUACCUCACUGGUGUUGCCAUGGAGCAGACCAUUCUUGGUCACCAGGAUGCUGGUGUCCAGGCCACUGCAAAGCACUUCAUCGCAAAUGAGCAGGAGACUGCCCGCAACCCAGUCUACACUGUGAACGGCACAACUACCGAUACUGAUAUCGCUGCCCUGUCGUCUAACCUCGACGACCGCACUAUGCACGAGCUCUACCUUUGGCCUUUCGCCAACGCCGUCAAGGCCAAGGCUGCUUCAUUCAUGUGCAGCUACCAGCGCAUCAACGGUUCAUACGGCUGCCAGAAUUCUGCUACUCAGAAUGGCCUGCUAAAGACUGAGCUUGGCUUCCAAGGUUACAUCAUGUCCGAUUGGGGUGCGGUUCACAGCGGUGUUGCUUCUAUCGAGGCUGGGCUCGACAUGAACAUGCCUGGUGGUCUUGGAUCCUAUGGAAUGGCCUUCGGCGCCCCCUCUUACUUUGGUGGCAACGUCACCAUUGCUGUCAACAACGGCACUCUUGACGUCAACCGUGUCGACGACAUGAUCGUCCGCAUCAUGACUCCGUACUACUGGCUCGGUCAGGAUAAGGACUUCCCUACCGUUGACCCCAGCGGUGCUGACCUGAACACCUUCUCUCCUUACAAGACCUGGACUCGCGAGUUCAACUUGACUGGCGAGCGUAGCCGUGACGUCCGUGGCGACCAUGGCAAGCUCAUCCGCAAGCACGGUUCUGCCGGUACCGUCCUUCUCAAGAACAAUGGUGCUCUUCCCCUCAACAGCCCCCGCAACAUUGCUGUGUUCGGUAACGAUGCUGCCGAGCCAAUGAAGCAACUGAACCAGGAUAACUACGAGUACGGAACUCUUCUUGCUGGUGGUGGCUCUGGUACUGGUCAGGUCACCUCCCUUGUUACUCCUCUGCGUGCGAUCCAGGAGCGCGCCGCCGCGAACGGUACCCACAUCGUCCAGUACUUCCUCAACAACACCGAGAUUAUCUCGAAGGAUCUGGAUGAUCUUUGGAUUGGCGACAUUCCCGAAGUCUGCAUCGUCAUGCUCAAGACUUGGGCUGAGGAGGCUGAGGACCGCGAGCACCUCAGUGUCGACUGGAACGGUAACGAGGUUGUUGAGAACGUCGCCUCCAAGUGCAACAACACUGUCGUUGUCACUCACUCCUCUGGUAUCAACACUCUGCCCUGGGCUGAUCACGAGAACGUCACCGCUAUCGUCGCUGCUCACUACCCUGGUGAGCAGUCUGGCUACUCGCUGACCGACAUUCUCUAUGGAGAUGUUAACCCCAGCGGUCACCUGCCCUACACUAUUGCACUCAACGGUACCGACUACAACGCUCCUCCCACUACUGCCAUCAACACCACCGGAUACUUUGACUGGCAAUCCUGGUUUGACGAGAAGCUCGAGAUUGACUACCGCUACUUCGAUGCCAAGAACAUCUCUGUACGCUACGAGUUUGGCUUCGGUCUCUCCUACACCACUUUCAACAUCUCCGACGUCACUGCCGAGCCUCUUGAGGCCAACAUCACUUCUCACCCCGAGGAGCGCCAGAUCAUGCCCGGUGGUAACCCCGCCCUCUGGGAGUCUAUCUACAACGUCACCAUCUCGCUCGCCAACACUGGUGACGUCGCCGGUGCCGGUGUUCCCCAGCUCUACAUUGGCUUUCCCGAGAGCACGCCUGCUGGUACACCUCCCAAGCAGCUCCGUGGCUUCGAGAAGGUCUACCUCGAGGCUGGCGAGAGCCAGACUGUUUCCUUUGAGCUGAUGCGCCGUGAUCUGUCCUACUGGGACAUCAUCAGCCAGCAGUGGGUCAUCCCCGAGGGCGAGUUCUCGUUCUACCUGGGCUUCAGCAGCAGGGAUAUUGUUGCGACGGAGAAGGUCACCGUUCUCGGUGCAUAAAUGAACGCAUCUCAUGAUAUUAUUAGAUAAUGACUGCAUGAUAAUCAAUUCAUAAUACUUC